CCUCAGUUCCGCAUUCCUGAGCCUCACAGCCGACAUCAGUACUUAACCGGGCUGAUGCAACGACCGCUGCUCAGUCUCUAAACCUACCUGAUUCCAGACUCCUACAUCGUCCUGUUGUUGUCACUGCGGAUUUUGGACGCACAACAGCGCCGGUGGUGGCCGGGUUGGACAUGAUGCCGGGACAGAUACCUGACCCUUCGCUGGCGGCGGGUUCCCUGCCCAGCCUGGGCCCGCUGGCGGGCAUCUCGGCCACCACACUCACCGAUCAACUGAAGCUGGCAGACUUCCACCAGCUGGGCUCCAUGCUGUCCCCGCUGCAUUUCCUGGGGAGGUUGGGGAAGAGGCCGCUGGCCAUCAAAACAGAGAGGGAUGAAGAUGAAGAAAGGAGGAAACGAAGACGAGAGAAAAACAAGGUAGCAGCAGCGCGAUGCCGAAACAAAAAGAAGGAACGCACUGACUUCCUUCAAAGGGAAUCGGAGCGUCUGGAAAUGGUGAACUCUGAGCUGAAGGCCCAGAUUGAAGAGCUCCGUCUGGAGAGGCAGCAGCUAAUGGUGAUGCUUAAUCUCCAUCGGCCCACGUGCAUCGUGAGGACCGACAGCGUCAAAACGCCAGAGAACGAGGCCAACCCCCUGCUGGAGCAGCUGUCCUCAGAAACCAAGUGAAAACCAGGAAAGCAGGGACUUAAAGUCCCUGAAAUCCAAACUAGCAUCACCACAACUGCCAUUUUAAAUGAAAACAUAACUGGCAAUAUACAAAUCUGAACAAGCACUUGAGCUCCAGGUCGGAGACUUGCCCAAAGAUCUGAGGUUGUAGGGCUUCCUCAGUACUGCUACAUGAGCUGGCUCUGUCCAUUGGAAGACUGGAAAUCUCCAAUUUCAUCUCCACGUUAAGUGUUGUUGAUGACACCCACUGUGCCUACUUGUGACUUCAACCAUCUCUACAUAAAGGGACCAAUGGAAACAGUAGAGCACUACUGGAACAGCGAUGAGGAAACACACUAAUAGCAACAUGGUGCUCUGUUAAAGCCUUGAGUAGAUUGUGUGGCAUUGUUUCAAUGCAGAGACUCAUAAAGGCUUAGUGUUAUGCAGUUUUCCUAUGUAUGCUAGCUGACAUAUACAUAUAGGUGUAGAGUUUUUAGGUUGCAAUACUCAAUACAAAUACACCAGAUGGAGUACAGUUUUUUAUGUUGAUUUCUAUACCCUGCCUCGGCGAUGGCAGUUACCGGUUGAUCCGAUUUGUGGUGACGCUGGCGUCAUGAAAAGCACAUAUUCACAAAAUGUUUACACCCUUAUUUUUGGACUUGUCUGUUCAUUAUUGUACUUAUUUUAUACUGCUUUGUAUACAUAAACAUAUGAAAUGCUUGUUAAUCACUUGAUGUGAUUUGUCUUUAUGUUUUUCCAGUCUGUCAUGCUGUCAAACAGCUGUGAAAACAAGCAGAAAUCGCUUCAGCUGUGCAGUAUUUCUGUCUGUUCUGCACCUGUAUCUAUGUAUGAACUCUCAUAUUCUGAAUAGAUUAAAUUUUAUUUUCCAACUACA